CUGUCGUUGACCUCGAGCUUCCGAUUCCCACACUCCAACAGCAUCAAACGCAAGCCAGAACCCCAUAUCCCCCAUCAUCAGUUUCAACCUAUCUCCUUCUGUCGCCGCCCCGACUUUGACUUGAUUGUGCACGCCCAGGAUACGCUGCUCACCAUGGCUUCCACGCCCGCCGCUCAGCGGAUUGAAGAAGCCAAGGCCAUCGCGCCCAAAGAUCCUGCCAAAGCAGAGCAGAUAUACAAGGACGUCUUGUCUUCGGGUAUUGGCAAGACCGAGUCUGCCUCGAGAGACUAUGAGGGAGCUUUAGUGGGACUGGGAGAGCUCUACCGGGACAACAAAAAGGCCAACGAGCUGGCCGACCUGAUCAAGACGAGCCGCGAUGCAUUCUCCUCUUUCGCGAAAGCGAAGACUGCUAAGCUGGUCCGGCAACUGUUGGAUCAGCUCAGUGAGAUCCCCAACACCAUUGAGAUCCAGGUCGCUGUUAUCAAGUCUUCCAUAGAGUGGGCGGUUUCGGAACGACGUUCUUUCCUCCGACAGAGCCUUGAGACCCGUUUAGUGAUUAUUUACAUGCAAAAACAAUCCUAUUACGAUGCCCUGACUUUGAUCAACUCCUUACUCAAAGAGUUGAAGCGGUUGGAUGACAAGGUCGUCUUGGUGGAAAUCCAGCUCCUCGAAUCCCGCGUUUACCAUGCUCUUGGUAACCAACCCAAGGCCCGCGCUGCUCUUACGUCGGCUCGAACAUCCGCUUCCGCUGUCUACACACCGCCCAUCCUUCAAGCUGGCCUCGACAUGCAAAGUGGGAUGUUGCAUGCCGAAGACAAGGACUUCAACACAGCGUAUUCAUACUUUAUCGAAGCAUUGGAAGGAUACAGUUCUCUCGAUGAUUCCGAGAAAGCCACGGCAGCCCUACAGUACAUGCUGCUGUGCAAAAUCAUGCUCAACCUGGUUGACGAUGUGACAAACCUGCUCAGCUCAAAGCAGGCACUGAAAUACGCCAGCACGCGCCUUGAAGCCAUGAAGGCUGUGGCUCGUGCUCAUGCAAACCGAUCACUGGAGGAAUAUGAAAAGGCACUUUCCGACUACCGAUACGAACUCGGCGGCGAUGUCUUCAUCCGUAACCAUCUUCGCCGGCUUUAUGAUGCGAUGUUGGAGCAGAACCUGAUCAAGGUGAUCGAGCCAUUCAGCCGCGUAGAAAUCGACCAUAUUGCAAAGAUGGUCGGCUUGGACACGCAGCAGGUGGAAAGGAAGUUGUCGCAGAUGAUUCUGGAUAAGGUCAUAACCGGCGUUCUAGACCAGGGUGCGGGCUGUCUGAUCAUCUUUGAAGAGACGGAGAGGGACAAGGGCUACGACGCAGCGUUGCAGACGAUUGAGAAGCUCAACAAUCGAUCUAUCGACGCUGUCGCCACCAUGGCUAUGAAUGCCCCAAUGCAACCAAAUUUUGCUCGCGGCUACCCCCAGGCCGCGCAGCGCUCGCCCGCUACGCCUCGUCGCGGUGGUCCUGGAGGGCCCGUCAUGGCAAUGGGUCAUCCCCAACAAGUCCCUCAUCCCCAGUACAUGGCUGCCGGUCAACCGCGUAUGCCACCAGUGAAUGAAGCUGCUAUUAGACGCAGUCGAAAGCCCACGGACAAGAACAUCCCAGAUGACAUUGAGGAUCUCGUCAUCGGCGAUGGGGUACAAGAAUACAAGAAGCUGCGGGAACUCGAGAAACGCCUAGACUCAUCCAUGGUUAGGAAGAGGCUAGAUAUUCAAGACUCCCUCAGCCGGACAGUGAAGCGAUACCGGACCCUCCGUAUCUGGAUCUCGAAUACCGUUGAAGACCAGCCCUGGCAGAAGGGCGAGCAGAACGAGGAACCGCAGGCCGACCCUGCCAAUCCGGGAUCUGGACGGUACAAGGUCCGUAUUGAGGGCAAGCUGCUCGACGAUUACACCGACCCAACGGUUCCAGCAGAUGACAGUGACGACGAAGAGGAAAAGGACGCAGACGCCAUGCAGGAGGACGACCAGAAUGCGGGAGGAUCAAAGCAAUCGAAGCAACAGCGCUCUCGGCAGAGAUUGUCGCAUUUCUUCAAAUCGAUUACGGUUGAUUUCGACAAGACACCCAACUUGAAAAAAGUCGAAGAUGUCUCUCCUAUUGUCUGGGAAAAGCCUCAGGUCCCGCCAAAUGCUACUGCGGUGCCUGAGAAUGCUGAAUUUGACUCGAUCCAAUUUUCUCGUGGAGCCCAGGAGAACGUCAACAUUACCGUUAGCUUGAUCAGAGAUGAGGCGCCGGAGCGAUUCAGGCUAAACAAAGACCUCGCCGAAAUCCUCGACGUCCAGGAAGAAUCCAGGAGCGGGGUCAUCUUGGGGGUCUGGGAUUAUAUCCGAGCCAUGGGUCUCCAAGAGGACCACGAGAAGCGCCAGGUGCGCUGUGACCACCGCUUGAGAAAGAUCUUCGGCCGUGAUAUCAUAUUCUUCCCUCAAAUACCAGAAAUCGUGAAUACUCACACGACGCCCCUCGAGCCUAUCAAGCUUCCAUACACCAUCCGAGUAGACCAGAGCUUCCAGGACGAGUCAACUCCAACCAUUUACGACAUCCGCGUGGCGGUUGACGACCCCCUCCGCCAAAAAAUGCUCGCUUUGACCUCGAAUCAACAGUACGCGGCUUCUCUACGCCAAAUCGGCGUGCUCGACGACCAGCUCGCCCUCAUCAUUCAGGCUACCAUGCACUCCAAGGCCCGCCACGCCUUCUACACUGCUUUGAGCAAAGACCCCGCCACUUUCAUCCGCCGCUGGCUCAAUUCUCAGCGCCGAGAUCUCGAGACGAUCCUCGGAGAAGCUACACGCGGCGGCGGCGAGGACGGCAGCGGACCCGAGUUUAGACGUGGUGGUACUGAUAGCGCCUGGGAUGCUCCUGUGGCGAGAGAAGCUGUUCGGUACAUGCUUGCGAAGCCUGACCGCGCUCAUCGAUAA